UGAGGAAGAAUAGCUUUGCCGUCUCCUAGCCCCUCGUACAACACCACACAGUGUACAGUUUUCGCGUCUAACCCCAGUCUGUUCGAGUAACAGGCUCCCUUUUCUGUCUGGUGGGCUGAAGUUGGUGAUUUGUUCAACCUGGCAGGUCAGGAAUGGAUCCUUCUACAUCCAUCCCACCAGGCCUGGGUUGACGGCGGUACACCAUCGCACUGCCUGUCUGUGUGGGGUUCUAGGGGAACAGACUCAGGCCCUCCGGUUCGUGCGCAGUCUGCUUCAGGAAGUGAGGGUUCCGGAACAAGAAGGACCUUCAGGAGCUGCCUCACACUGUGACAUGUCUGAUCCCUUGUGCCCGUCACCGCAGCAUGAACAAGGUGGACGCUCACUGAUCUGUCACAAGGUUGCCUCGCUGAGCGUUGGGGUCCAUGUCUGAAUGGAUCGCUGUAGCCUUCACAUCUCUGCCUCCGCCCAGUUCCCGGCAUCCUAAGAUUCGAAGCCAGGACAGGACCUGGGGAAAUUAUAUGGUUUGAACGGCAUGUCUGUGGAUGAGAAGCCUGACUCCCCCAUGUAUGUGUAUGAGUCCACAGUCCACUGUGCCAACAUCCUCCUCGGCCUCAAUGACCAACGGAAAAAGGACAUCCUCUGUGAUGUGACUCUGAUCGUGGAGAGGAAGGAGUUCCGAGCCCACCGGGCCGUGCUGGCCGCGUGCAGCGAAUACUUCUGGCAAGCCCUGGUCGGACAGACAAAAGAUGACCUGGUGGUCAGCUUGCCUGAAGAGGUCACGGCCAGGGGCUUUGGGCCACUGCUCCAGUUUGCCUACACGGCCAAGCUGUUACUCAGCAGAGAGAACAUCCGCGAGGUCAUCCGCUGUGCCGAGUUCCUGCGCAUGCACAAUCUGGAGGACUCCUGCUUCAGCUUCCUGCAGACACAGCUCCUGAACAGCGAGGAUGGCCUGUUUGUGUGCCGGAAGGACAGCGCGUGCCAGCGCCCCCAAGAGGACCAUGGGAACUCUGCAGGAGAAGAGGAGGAGGAGGAAGAGACGAUGGACUCAGAGACCGCGAAGAUGGCUUGCCCCACCGACCCCAUCAGCUUCGAGGCCGCUGCCAUCCCAGUAGCAGAGAAGGAAGCCUUGCUCCCUGAGUCUGAGGUACCCACAGACACCAAGGAAAACUCAGAAAAGGAUGCGUUGACACAGUACCCUAGAUACAAGAAGUACCAGCUUGCAUGUACCAAGAAUGUCUACAGUGCGUCCUCACACAGUACCUCAGGGUUUGCAAACACAUUCAAUGAAGACAGCUCCGGCAAUAGCCUCAAAACGGGGCUCUCCAGGGGACAAAUUAAGAGUGAGCCACCCAGUGAAGAGACCGAGGAGGAGAGCGUCACACUCUGCCUGUCUGGAGAUGAAACUGACAUCAAAGACAGACCGGGAGAUGUUGAGAUGGACCGGAAACAGCCCAGCCCUACCCCUACCCCCAAUACCCCUACUGGAGCCACCUGCCUGGACAGAUCCAGGAGUGUGGCCUCACCGUCCUGUCUACGGUCUCUGUUCAGUAUAGCAAAAGGUGUGGAGUCGUCUGGCCUGCCCGGUACAUCUCAGCAGCACUUUGUCAGGAGUUCGGCGUGCCCUUUUAACAAGGGGAUCUCUCAGGGUGACCUUAAAACUGACUAUACCCCUUUCACAGGGAAUUACGGACAGCCCCACGUGGGCCAGAAGGAUGUGUCCAACUUCACGAUGGGGUCGCCACUCAGGGGGCCAGGGCCGGAGGUUCUCUGUAAACAGGAGGGAGAGCUGGACCGGAGGAGUGUCAUCUUCUCCUCGAGCACGUGUGACCAAGUGAGCACUCCAGUGCAUUCGUAUUCUGGGGUGAGCAAUUUGGACAAAGACCUCUCCGAGCCGGUGCCAAAAAGUCUAUGGGUAGGGACUGGCCAGUCCCUCCCCAGCUCACAGGCCUAUUCCCACAGUGGACUGAUGGCUGACCACUUGCCAGGCAGGAUACGGCCCAACACCAGCUGCCCGGUGCCAAUCAAAGUCUGUCCUCGCUCACCUCCACUAGAGACCAGAACCAGGACCUCCAGCUCCUGCUCCUCCUAUUCCUAUGCAGAGGAUGGGAGCGGGGGCUCCCCCUGCAGCCUCCCUCUCUGUGAGUUCUCCUCCUCACCCUGUUCCCAGGGAGCCAGAUUCCUUGCCACAGAACAUCAGGAACCGGGCCUGAUGGGAGAUGGAAUGUACAACCAAGUCCGACCCCAAAUUAAAUGUGAGCAGUCUUACGGAACCAAUUCCAGUGACGAAUCUGGAUCAUUCUCAGAAGCAGACAGUGAGUCGUGUCCUGUGCAGGACAGGGGCCAGGAGGUUAAACUUCCUUUUCCUGUAGAUCAGAUCACAGAUCUUCCCAGGAACGACUUCCAGAUGAUGAUUAAGAUGCACAAGCUGACCUCAGAACAGUUGGAGUUCAUUCACGACAUCCGGAGGCGCAGCAAGAACCGCAUUGCCGCCCAGCGCUGUCGCAAGAGGAAGCUGGACUGCAUUCAGAAUUUAGAGUGUGAGAUACGAAAGCUGGUGUGUGAGAAAGAGAAGCUGUUGUCAGAAAGGAAUCAGCUGAAAGCGUGCAUGGGGGAGCUUCUGGACAACUUCUCCUGCCUGUCACAGGAGGUCUGCCGAGACAUCCAGAGCCCAGAGCAGAUCCAGGCCCUGCACCGAUACUGCCCUGUCCUCGUACCCAUGGAUCUCCCCGGAGCCAGUGUUAACCCCCCUCCUUUGGGGGUCGAGCAGAGCCUUGCACCCUCCCAGUGUGCGGUAGGAGGAAACGUACCCUGCUGCCUGGAGCCAGGGGCAGCUGCGCCUGGGCUCCCCUGGGUGCCCAGCAACACCUCUGAGAAUUGUACCUCUGGGAGGAGAUUGGAAGGCACUGACCCUGGGACCUUCUCGGAAAGAGGACCUCCUCUAGAAGCCAGGAGCCAGUCCGUGACCGUGGACUUCUGCCAGGAAAUGACUGAGAAGUGUACAACAGACGAACAGCCCAGGAAAGAUUACGCCUAGCCGGUACGGUCAGCCCUGUCUGAGUCCUCACACCUCUCCGGUCAGGCGUUCCUCUGCCAGCCAGUGGCGCUGUUCAUCUGUGUCUCGAAGGACCAAGAGCGAAUCUGGUGCACACUACAGCAGUCUUAGCAAUACUGUUCCGAAGUAUUCCCUCCUCUCCGUAAGCAGGAGUGCCGGUUACCUUCACAAUGGUGCUACCCCUUGCCCCGGCAAGGAAGACAGCAGUGCGGACACUGUCUGUCUGUGGGUUCAUUGCAGACAUCACAGGGAUGACUACACCUCUAGGACCCAACCACGGAUUUUUUUUCUCAGUGGCCCAUGUCACAAACCCUAUCUCAGGAAUUUCUUCUGAAUGUUCAAUUUUUUUCAUUGAAGACAGCUUCUAUACACAUCAAAGUUUUAUAGCUAUACUGUACAUAUUAUAUAUAAUAUAUAUGAAAUAUAUAUCCAUAUGCAAAAGUCCUGCAUGCCUCAAUUUUCUCAUCCUAAAACUGGAAACUUCGUUUAUCAUUUACAAAAACAGGUUCCAACAUUCCUCUUUUGUCUCUGAUGCCAGAACUGGUUUUGUAACUGUCAACACAGUCAUUUUUCUUGCUUCGCAGUUCAGUUUCAAUCUGUACUUAUUUACAGACAAAAUUCAAUGUUGGAAGCUUUUUCUCAAGGUUUAAUCUCAGACCUUUUACUUUUGUGGGUUUGGUUCUGGCACCACCGAAUGGUGUCACGUGAGCAUCGUGGGUCUGUUUUUUUUUUUUUUUUUUUCUCCUUGUGUUCUCCCUUGUUGUUACAGAUACUGUACAGCAAUGGCCAACUUCGCCACUUGCACUGAGUUUUGAGUCAAACCUAUUUUCUUAAAUGAAGUUGUAACUUCAGUCUAACUCAAGUAUAUUGUAUAUUCUUUGCUUUUAGUUAAAAAGUAAAACAUUUUAGCUAAUUUAAAAAGCUCUCAGGUGAUAAUUAUGUAGGAAAAAAAAAACAAUCUUGCCAAAUAAUGAACCCAUCCUAGGAUGUGUAGACAACAAUCUGCUUGACUAUUUUUCUAGCUCACUUACUCCCCACCUUCCCUAAGUAAAAGCUGAAGUGCAGAGAAAUCAGCACUGACACUGGAUGUUCGGUUCCUACGUGGGGAGAGAAUGUGGAUGGCUCACGGGACUGAUAUCAAAAGAACAGGAUCCUGUGGCAUGGGAGAACACACAGGCAGAGGUGACGAGAAAGCCAAGGGAGACCCGCUUCCUUACCCAGGGAGGAAUCCCGUUCAUGUCGGCAUUUCAUUCUGGCCUCCACAUGCGCGUGUGCUCAGAAAUGUCCGCUUCUCUGAGGGGCACAGCUAACCAGCCAGCCUCCCAGCUUUCCUGCCCAGGCGUGAGGGUAUCUCAAUCAUAGCCUUGGCCCGCUGAGUUAACUGAGCUCAGUGAGAGUAGGAAAGAACAUGGCAGCAUCAAGCCUGAGAUUCACACGGGCAGAGGCUAAUGUGCCCUUUCCCUUUUGUUCUUCAAAUGCUCCCUGUACCCUGAGGGUUCUGUCUCCCCCACACAUACCCCGCCCCUUGUCUGAAAGUCCGCUUCAUUCAAGGCAUUGAACAGAUACCCCUAGGAACCCUCUGCCCACCCCCAAAACCCUCCCCUCCGCACACACCAUUUCCUUCCCAGAUAACAGUCUGCUUCCCUUGCUAAAAACUAGUUGGCUUGCAAACCCAGAGAGCAGCUUCCUUGGCACUAAGGUAUCCUGGCCCAAGCCAUGUUUACGGAAUAUGUGCCCCAAGGAGGCGUCAGCUCCCUCCUCUCAGUGGUCUCUUUCUUCUCUCGCUCGGUAACCUGGAGACCGCUCCAGCUGUGCGAAGUUGUCCAGAAAACGGAUGUUGGGAUAGGGUAGAGGGUCGUGGGGGAUAGACAGUUGGUUGGCUUUGUUUCCUCGUCUGUACCAUUGUUUGCGGACAGUAUUAAAGCUGCAUGCGAAAGGGGAAGUUAGUGUAUGGCUAGUAGGCAAAGGUAAAACCCUAGCAACAUAUGUUCUAGUAUUUUUAGCUCCUUUCUGUGCCAGUAGUAGUGCUAAAUGUUUUAAAUAUGUACGAAUGCCAGAAGUUGUUGGUUCAUGCAGUAGAAUUUAAGGGGGAAAUGACUUCUUUUAAAAUAGGUCCAUUUUUAAAACCUGCCUCUGAGUUUCGAGUGUGCGUGUGCGUGUGUGUGUGUGUGUGUGUGUGUGUGUGUGUGCGUGCAUGCGUGUGUGCGGAUUUUGAUAAAGCUGGGCUGGAACUGCCAUCCUCAUUACACUGUUGGCUUUUCUUGGUCUCAUCCAAUGGUUCCCUACUUCACCAGGAGGCCGGCCUUCGUGAAAAGCUGGUAAAGCUAGCAUUUAACCUAAUGUGAAUCACGUGAUGCCCACAGCUGCCUGUGACCACGCAGGAGUCAGCAGACAGUAUUUUUUUUUUCUCUUAACUCUCUGCCUUUUGAAGUGACCUCUUCUAAAGAAACGCAAAGGCUUGUUUUCUGCUCGGGCCGUCAGCAGCGCAGAGCAGCCUCUCAGCUUGUCUUGUGCUGUCCCAGCUCCUGUGCCACAUUCCAGAGUUUAUCCCCAAGUUUCUGUCACCAGUAGCUCAUCCCUAUGUGGUGGCCAUUUCUAGGGUGGGGGCUGGGGGCCGGGUCUCCUCGUUUCUCUCCGCCCUAACCCAGCUCUCUUCUUCCUUCUCUCAGUUUCUCCAUCCCCCACCCCUUCUUCCACCCAAUCUCUGCCAAGGGAACUAGUUUUUAAAACUUACUCUAAAAAUGGCUAUUACUUUGGUAUUUUUAACAAGUGAUCUCAUUCGGUACCCACCAGGAAUGGCAGCUGACUGUGUGUAAUUGCUCAUGGGACGUAUCUGUCCGUUACUGUUCCAAACCAUUGCUUAUCAAAAUAGUGCCUGGGUAGAUUUAAAGAGAAGGCUCACUGGGGACCAGAAUCUAAAUUCUUCAAGUAGAAUUCAGAAAUCCCCAAUCUGUCCUUCGCUGGCAUCCCUCAGUCAAUCUCAUUCCCUCAAUAGAAAAGAGAAGGGACAAGAACAGAGGAGAGUGUUUGCAUAUUAAGGGGACAUGUAGUUGCAUGCUUGAAGGUCUUUUCUUUCGAAGAUGACUCCAGUCACAGGCUGUAUAGGAGGGUCACAGUGAGAGCCUGGCUGGGUUUCCCAGAGGCUGGGGUGUGAAUGUGAAGGUCCAGGGCUGGCACAGGUGAUGCUAAGACUGACAGAAUCCUUCCCAGACGCAGCCCUCCCUUGGAGCAGCCUUUGUCCCCCUGUGUCUCUGAACAGCCACGGUCAGGUUGCCCAGGCUGUAGGCAGGUGUGUGCUUUGCCGUGUGUGUUUGUUUCUCUGCGUUAUCUGGGGGUGCCUUGAAUAAAGUCAAAACGUCAUGAUUUACUUCCUGAUUCUGGAACAAAGCAGUUAUAAAAAACUUUUUUAAAAGUUGGCGAAGUUGCUAAGGCCAUCCUGCUACUUCUCUCCCAGGUUCCCUAACAAUGACUCAGGCGUCAGGGGUGAUGCUGCAGUAGAAAAACAUUAUUUUUAUGUCAUACAAGUAAUUUAUUUACUGUCUCUCUCAAGGUAUGCUGCUUCUUAACAUGCACUAUAAUUUUGGAUGUAAUCCUUGCAUUACUUUCCCAACGAAGGUUUAAGAUGGCUAGUAACUAGUGUGCUCACUGCCUCUUCUCCUGGAAGGAGCUCCAGGGCACACGCAGGACCUGCGUGGAGGACUGGCUGAAGCCUACACUUGUGUUCUAAUAGCUUAUGAUUUGCCACUAAAGAAGAAAAGAUGAAGCAUACAAAGGUGUGAAAGUGUGAACCUUUUCAGAAAUUGCCCAGUCUUGCCCCAGGGGCUGCUCUGCAGCCAAUGAAAUCACAGAGUCCUCCCAAAUGAGUCAAUCUGUAAAGCUUCAAGUCUGUCCUUGAUUGCAUAUUUCUGGUGGCCCACUUAAACCAGGAGCUGUUGAUUGAUUCUUGACUCCAAACUGCUCCGCUGUUGCCUACAGUGGAGGGGGACUCUCAGAUCCAGACGAGAGCAAGAAUCAAGGUUUCUCCUCAGAUCUCUCUCUCUCUCCCUCCUCAACACCCCCACCGCAUACGCACAUGUGCACACACACACACACACACACACACAGAGCAGACUAAAGUAAAGGAUUAUUUUGAAAGAAUAAAGCUCUUUGUUGUAUCAUGAGUUCGUAUUUACUUGAGGAUUUUGUUGCAGAUUUCAUUUCUGGCGAGUCAGUCUGCAAAUGCCUUGUAGGGUUGGUAUUCAUAAAGGAAGUCUGUGCAUGGAGUUAUUUUGUGUUCAAAAUGUAUAAUACUGCCCGAGCCAUCUCAUGACCCAAGUGUCAAAGACUGAUGCUGUAGCAUAGGAUAUAUUUGUGCAUAAAUAGUGUGUGCAAAUAGUACUUGUACAUUGAAGAGACUUGUCGUAGCAGAUCAAAGGUAAAUUAUUCAACUGAUGGUGCAAAAACAUUACUUGCAAAGUAAUUGUAUAGUAUUUUCCUACACUCCACCCUGGGAGAUCAUAUUUAUAACAAGUGAAUUAUUAGUGCAUUUUAAUUGUAAUAUGAAAUGAUGCUGCCAUUUUGUGAAGAAUACCCACUUGGUUGCAGAGGCCAACUUUUAUAGCUUUGGUUUGAUGUUGUGGCAUGGUGUAUGCAUUUCUCUAUCAAGCGAUGGAUAAACUCUUGGCUUUCAUUUUCAUUCCAGUUUAUUGACCUCAGAUAAAACAAUGGCUGUUCAUGGAAGUGUAUCAAGACCACUCGUUUCAGGUAGACUCACACUCAGUGCCAAACGCUCCCGUGGGAAUAAUCAAACAUAUAUAUAUAUAUAUCAGGAAAAAGUAAAGGGACUUGGACAAAAAAAUGGGUUUUCCUACAGAUGGGUGCUAAAUCUUCUACCAAACAUGUCUCUGGGGGCAAAGAGUUGGCCUCCCCUUGGGUCCUAACCACGUAUUUUGGCUGUGGCAAUGCUGGGAUGCCCAUUCACACUCUGACACAAGCCUGGCACUUGUAAUGAAUUUAUCAGGAAGAUUGUAGAUGCAUUUGGGAGCUUCGGGUACUCAUUAGACACGGUGAGCCAUUCAAGGCAGGAGGGCCUGUGGGAAUUUGUUCCAGAACCAGUCUGAUGCAAGUGCACCUCUGAUAUAUGCCUUACGAACUCCAGAGGCCAUAUGCAAAACAGGGUCUUCUCAGUGUAUGCAAGGGGCUGCAGCCCCUCCUCUCCUCCUCCCCAGCUCAAACAAUACGGACAGUUUUCACACAUAUCUACCUGUAUAACCCUCCGUACCUCUCAUAACUGGUCAACGACUGUAACAGGUUACAUCAGGUGUUUUUCUACAUAACUUUUUACACAGAUUCUAUGCGAUUAAUGUAACUUAAUUCAACGCAUCAUUUUAUUGUACAAGUUCUUACGCUUGGCCUUAUUUUUUCCUAAGUGAUUGUGGUUUUUCUUGUGGUUUUUCUUGUAAAGAUAUUGAGAUGGCUGAUGAUGCUUAUUCUCUGUAACUAAGAAUUUUUACCUUUUUGGGGAAAAGCAUUGCUAUGGAUUAAUGAAUUGAGACUUCAUUUACUCGUUGUAAAUACACUAUUGUGCAAAAAAAUCACUCAGUUGAAUUGCUAGUGUUAACUGAAUUUUGUCUAGACGCCAUUUCUGCUGAUGAAAUAAAGACAUAUCAUUCUGCAUUGUAAAAGCCUCUGA